AACUGAGACACUGCAUCACCCGAGCAUGGUCAAACACUGAGCACAGUAAUCCAUUUGGUGCCGAGAGUUACACCAUUGGCCCAAAGUGUUGCUCCCAAAGGCGAAGAGAAUCAAAUAACGCCACCCCGAGGCCACAAAGGAACUUGUGGCUCAGAAUCCUCUUCGCCCUGCUCACGUGGCCUCCCCCGUCCUCUUCCUCCUCCUCCUCCUCCUCGUCUGUUAAACCCCGAGGCAGGUGAAGAGAGCACAAAGUUACAGAGGGAAGAGGCAGAGGCGAGGUGAAACAGAGCAGUAGAACAGGGCAGGAGAUGUCAGAAAACAGAGACACCGCAAUCAAGCUGUUCGGCAGGACGAUCCCCCUGCAACGCUGCGGCAGCGGGGACGGCGGAGGAGACAACCAGAAGGAUCUUCAAGUGGAAGAUACUGCUGCUCGAUCACAGGACAAGAAUGAGUGUACUACAUCGACGAGCGAGAUGGAUAAACCAGCUUCCGCUGAUCAAAAGGAUGCGUCGACCAAGAACUCGGUGGCGGAAGAACACUCGAAAGACAAGGCUGUGAAGAAGCCGGACAAGAUCCUCCCUUGUCCUCGGUGCAAAAGCUUGGACACCAAGUUCUGCUACUACAACAACUACAACGUCAACCAGCCGAGGCACUUCUGCAAGAACUGCCAAAGGUAUUGGACCGCCGGUGGCACCAUGAGGAACGUCCCCGUUGGAGCUGGUCGACGCAAGAGCAAGAGCACUUGUCACUUCCGGCACAUCGCCGUGUCGGAGUCCUCCCUCCAGUCCGUUCGAUGUAAUGCACCUGAAUCAGUUCGUUACCCUCCGAAGCCAAAUGGCACGGUACUCAGCUUUGGCACGGAUGCGCCGGCGAAGGCAAAACCGCUACCUUCGUCUGAGACAUCCAUGCUUAGUCCGAACGAAAAUGGUGGCCAGAAUUAUCAGGGAUCAGCUGCUCCAAUUCCAUGUUUCGGUGGAUCCCCGUGGCCGUAUCCUUGGACACCAGCAGCUCCUCUCAGCUUUCCGAUCCCGUUCUAUCCUGCUGCGGCUUAUUGGAGUUGCGCUGUUCCAUCCGGAGCUUGGAGCGUUCCAUGGCUGUCCCCCUUAGCUUCCUCUCACCCAGCGGCAGCACCCAAUACUGGCAACUUAGGCAAGCACUCGAGGGAUGGAAGCAAUCUGAACAAUAGCAGUCUAUCGACGGAAGAAGACGGCGGUUUGGCUCCGACGACGCUGAGGAUUGAUGACCCUGAAGAAGCUGCAAGGAGCUCCAUAUGGACCAUGGUGGGCGUCAAGCGCAGCAAGAACAAUGCGGUUAGCAAUGGAGGGCUUCUCAGGGCCUUCCAUCCGAAGGUAGACGUCAAGAACCAUGUGCUGGUGGCACCAUCACUGCUGCAUGCCAACCCUGCUGCGCUGUCUCGAUCUCUGAACUUCCAUGAGACCUCUUAGAGAAGCAAAUCGAGCAACUGCAAUUUUGCAGAGUAGAAGGAAGAUGGUGAAGAGGAACUCAGGAGUGCGUCCUUGCUGAUGUAACACUAGAAAUUAGUAAUCUUGGCUUAGAUAUGAUGGCUUGGUGAGUCUUCUGCAUGUGAAAAUAGAUCUGUAGUGAGAGGGAUGUCUGUUUGUACAUAAAUAAGUGUUGGAACUCGAUUGAAGAGAAUGAUAGUGAGUAACCUUUUGCUUA